UAAUUUCUCUUCUUCCACACUGCAUCGUUUCCCCUAUUCUUUCACCUUCUCAAAUUUCCCAACACCUUUUUAUCAUUUCUUACCAAAAAUAAACAAAGACUAAUUCUCCAUCUUCUCCUACCCAAUUUUUCUUUUUAAACAAGCUAUUACCACCGUUAAAGUUAAUCAAUUCUUAUCACCACUAUGUCAGCUUCAGCUGCUGAUCAAGAUCAUGUAGCUGAUCAAGGUAGUUCCUCUCGAUCGACCUCUGCGGCUAACAGCCACCAGUCGCAGCCGCAGCCGGCUCCGCUCAGCCGUUACGAGUCGCAGAAGCGUCGAGACUGGAACACCUUUGGACAGUACUUGAAGAAUCAAAGACCUCCAGUUUCAGUUUCUCAGUGUAACUGCAACCAUGUUCUUGAUUUCUUAAGGUACCUUGACCAAUUUGGCAAGACCAGGGUUCACCAUCAUGGCUGCGUCUUCUUUGGCCAACCUGACCCACCCGCACCUUGUGCUUGCCCUAUGAAACAGGCGUGGGGAAGCCUCGAUGCGCUUAUCGGACGCCUUCGAGCCGCCUACGAGGAGCACGGUGGAUCUUCUGAGACGAACCCUUUUGGGAACGGAGCUAUCCGGGUUUAUUUGCGUGAAGUGAGGGAGUGUCAGGCUAAGGCUAGAGGGAUACCGUAUAAGAAGAAGAAGAGGAAGAAGAAUCAAAUCAAGUCAAUUGAUGAAGCAAAGUCGUCUAAGCACUCGACUUAGAAUCUCUUCAAUGGAUAUUGGAAAAUCUAAGAGAGCGAUGGGAUAUAUAUAUAGACAGACUCAUCGCAAUUAUGCAUGUAUUCAUAGGGAAAAAUGUCAAACUUGAAAUACUUCAUGCAUACCCUCUAGACUUCUACUUCCGAAUUUUAAAUGCUUGUUCCAUUUCUGAGUUAUAAGCCUAGCAAUAGAUAUAUACAUGUAUGCAUAUAUCAUACUUAUACUGUUUUAAUAGAAACCAAAUUUCAUGUUUUAUGCAA